CCAUUCUUUGAUAAUUCUCAAAAAAUGGUAAUGAGUUAGAUAUUAUCAGUUGAAGUGAGAUGGUUGGAUGCGCCGCUAUGAAUGCGGUGCACAAUACAGCGCGAUGUAAGGGUGUCUGUGGUAUUCACCCGUCUGUCAGAGAAAACAAUCUCACCCUCAGUUUCGUAUGACACCAGGUUUUUAUGUAUUGAUCAGAAUAUAAAUAUUAUUUUCCACAUCGAUACAGAUCAGUACCAACAAUGAUCAGAUCCGCAUGAAACCCGACGCUCCAUGCUGUCUUUAUACAGAGAGAACUUCGGAAGGCCUUGCGAUUUAUUCUUGGUUUCGGGGUUAUAUAGCACACACCAGGCCGAUUUCACGUUGGUAGAUUUUCGGUGGCGUUAAUAAAAUAUUUGUGUAAUUUUAUUUGAAUGUGCGUUUGAUUCAGCUUGUCGAGGAGUUGAGCUCUUCAUUCAAGGGUUUUCCUGCUGUUUGUUAAGCCUUGUGUUUCUCGGUGUACCCAAGUGCUAAAGAUCGUUCACUUUAAACGACGGACGAGAAAUAACGGAAUCUGUUUGUACAACGAAAUUUAAUAGUUAUGAUUUAAAACCAAUGCCGAGGGGGAAUCUUCUCGUCAUGUGAUGGGAUUUCUUUGUGAUGUUUAUGACGCCACAUCGGGGAAUCUGCUAGUGCACGGUAACUUUUACAUGGCGGAGGGGUGCGUCUAGGAGCGGACCCUCACUCAGCGUGUGCUCCACAGAGUGAAAGUCUCUCAUUAAACUGUGAACAUGUCGUACCUAUGGAGCUUAGUUUUGUGUGCUAUCAGUUUCUUUGGUUAUUGCGGAACCCAACAGUAUCCGAACACGAUCCGAGUUGAUGGAUUUUUUGAGCCCGAACACAAAAGUGCUGAACUGGCGUUCAAGUGGACGAUGCAGAAAAUUAAUCUCCACAAUGAUAUCCUCAGCCAGGUGCUUGUGGCGUACAUUGUGAAGGAAGUGCCGCCGGAUGAUAGCUUCGACGUCUCUAAGAAAGUAUGUCGUGAAAUCGCCGCCGGAUGUAAAGUGAUUUUCGGCCCAGGAACACGUGUUUCCUCCAGCCACGUCCAGUCCAUGUGUAAAUUCCUCGCCAUUCCUCACAUCCAGGCCCACUGGGACCCCCGUGACGUCAUCACGGACACAAAGGACCCGGAUAAAGAUCAUUUCUCCCUCAACCUAUAUCCAUACUAUCUGUCUCUAAGUACCGCCUUCCGAAAUUUAAUAGACUACUGGAAAUGGACACAAUUUACAGUGAUAUACGAGGACAAUGAUGGCUUGAUUCGACUACAGGAAGUGUUGAAAGUAUCGAACCUUCCAGAAACCAAAGUCACCGUUCGGAAGAUAAACGACAAUCCGGAAUCUUAUAUAAGUUUAUUUAAAGAUCUGAAAGAAAGGGGAGAGUAUAGAAUUAUAAUUGACUGUCAUGUUUCCAGAGUUGGAAUCAUAAUGGAAAAGGCCCUGCAGGUUAAUGCUGUAUCGGAAUAUUUCCAUUACUUGUUCACAACCCUGGAUCUUGGCUUGGUUGAGCUGGAACAAUUCAAGCACGCAGGCGCGAACAUUACUGGCAUGCGAUUGGUGGAUCCCGAACGACCUCUGGUUUCCGCGGUAAUGGGGGAAUGGAAGUACGAGAUGUUCAGUAGCAGUUCCCGUACCUCUCCUCUCAUUGAUCAAACAGGAAUCCCCGCCAACGAUUUCUACCCACGAAAUGACUCUUACUUACCGUUGACGGAGACGGCGCUGAUGUACGACGCUGUCUAUCUGUUUGCACGUGGUCUACACGGCGUGCAAAAUGCCAAGAACAUGAACUUCCGGCAGAGCAUCAUGUGUAACUCGUCCACUUCCUGGGAGGACGGCAUCAGCCUGCUCAACUACAUGAAGACGAUGGACUUUGAAGGCUUGACGGGUAGAAUUCAUUUUGGGAAAUACGGCGAGAGAAGCGACUUUACGCUGGACAUAACGAAACUAGACAAACCUGGGCUCAGAAAGAUCGGAACAUGGGGUUCUAAAACGGGGGUGAAUAUUACCGAAGAUGUCAAAGAAAACCGGAAGAAGAUCAGCGACAAGCUUGCCAACAAGACUCUGAUUGUUACAACAGUCCUUGACGACCCUUACGUCUUCCAAAAAAUUGACGAGAACGGUGUUGUGACGUAUGAGGGCUUCUGUAUUGACCUGCUGAACGAGAUCUCCAGCCAUCUGGGCUUCAAGUACGAGAUCCGGGUAUCUCCUAAAAACGAGUACGGCAACUGUAAUGACGAGGGGGUGUGUAACGGGAUGGUCAAGGAACUAGUGGAGAAGAGAGCUGAUUUGGCCGUAGCAGGAAUGACGAUCACGUAUGAACGAGAACAAGUGAUAGAUUUCACCAAACCCUUCUGGAAUAUCGGUAUAACCAUCCUGUUCCGGAAACCCAAACCGGAACCGCCGGAGCUCUUCUCCUUCCUGUCUCCCCUGGAUACACAGGUGUGGAUCUACGUCAUCGCUGUGUACCUGUGUGUGAGCUUUAUGAUGUUUGUGAUCGCCCGCUUCACCCCCUACGAGUGGUGCAACCCCCACCCCUGUGAUCCUAACACAGACACGGUGGAGAAUCAGUUCUCUGUCCUCAACAGUCUGUGGUUCACCAUUGGAGCUUUCAUGCAGCAAGGUUGUGAGAUAGCCCCCCGAGCGGUGUCUACCCGAAUGGUUGCCGGUUGUUGGUGGUUUUUUACCCUGAUUAUAAUUUCCUCGUACACCGCUAAUUUGGCCGCCUUCCUGACCAUUGAGAAGAUGGUGUCGCCCAUACAAGGAGCCGAGGACCUGGCGAAACAGACGGACAUCAAAUACGGAACUCUGGGAUCCGGAAGUACCAAGGCUUUCUUUGAGCGGUCCAAAUUUCCGACCUACCAGCGGAUGUGGAGUUUUAUGAAGACUGCCACGCCCUCUGUGUUUGUUGCCGGAAAUAAGGAGGGUGAGGGCCGGGUCCUGAAUGGGGACUACGCCUACUUUGCGGAGUCGUCCACUAUAGAGUACAUGGUGGAGCGCAACUGUGACCUCAUGCAGGUCGGCCAGUGGUUAGACUCAAAGGGAUAUGGCAUCGGACUUCCGCAAGAUUCACCGUAUAGAGACAAGAUAUCCAGCAUUAUUCUAAAAUUACAAGAGGACCAGACGAUACAGAAGUUUUACAAUACGUGGUGGAAGGAGAAGAACAAGGAUGGAGAGUGUAUAGACUCCACCAAGAAACAAACUAACGCCCUCACCAUCAAGAAUGUGGGCGGAAUAUUCGUGGUGCUAAUCGCGGGGACCAUGGCUGGCGUGGUGGUUGCCUUCUUUGAAUUCCUGUGGAAAGCGCGCAAAAAUGCCAAGGAGGAUAAGCAAUCGCUGUGUUCUGAAAUAGGAGAAGAACUACGAUUUGCAGUGCGUUGUUUUGAUUCGUCUUCCAAACCCGUUCACCGGAAGCCUAGUUAUGACGUCACAGACAAUGGCCUGCAGAGCAUGCCUUUGAAUAGUUAUAAAAAUAAUGGACGCAAUGAUAUAGGCUUCAACUAGCUACAAUCUGUACGGUGUGCUUGUUUUGUGUUAUUUAUGAAAGUGAAUUCUGUCAAUAUUUUAUGUAAACUCUUACUUCAGCAACAUAAAUUAUGCAGAUUUCAAGUUGUUGUGAAGCUGUAUUUGUCCGGGUCAUUCUGGCGUGUGUAUGUAUACAUAUGUAGUCCUACCUAUAAAGGUGUGAUGUUAAUUCAAGAAUUUAUUUUCAUGACACGGUCACACCCGCCAUGAUCAAAUCUGACCAAUUCACAAAAAUACGCGAGAUAAAAGUGCCUUAAUCUAUGUACAUCUGUCAGCCAUCUUAUUUCAGUGCAAUGUGACAUUCCGGAGAACAUACAUUUUUAUACAUGUAUCUGUUAUAUAUCUAUAAAUAGAUAUUGCGUCAUUAAUUGGGCUUUGAAAUUGGUUCACAUCUGUCUCAUUCGAUGUACAUUGUAUAACGCAUGUACAAUUACAUUAAGUGUCUCCACAUUCAGCUUUAAUGUGAAAGGUUUCUGUGUAUAAACUCUGCAUUUAUUCUUGAAAAAACAAGUUUCCUCUUGUGUUGAUAUAUAGUCGUUAACUUGCUAUAGGUGCUUGAAUUUUACAAAAUUGAUUAUAACAAAGAGACUGUUACUGACUGCUGUUGUUGUUUUGUUUAUUGUAAAAGGCUUAGAGCUGCUGCUAUAUGUUCAUGUAUAUUUAAAUUGUAAAUGCUGAUUUUUUCUAUGCAUGGAACUUUUGCCAAAUUAGUUUUAUCAACUGAAUACCAUGUUUUUCGUAUCAUGUCUAUGUGCAAUCAAAAAGAAUUGUCGGAAGUAUCCUAUAUAUUCAUGCUUGAUUUUCAUGGAGCAUUUCAUAAAAAGAGAUAAGUCUUAUAAUAAAAACAAUAAAAAUUG